CUCCCACCUCCAAAAUAAAAAACCUUCCAGGCCUCUCGCAGGCGCUGACCUAAAUCUGGUUUCUCCAUCGUAACCUCAGUUUUACCGCAAUUAAUUUUUUUCUGCUGGUCACAAGAUAAUUCCUGACGCCAGAAAGUCUGGAGGUCAGAUGAGAAGCGGAUUGAGGAAAAAGGCCGACACUAAUUUCCUUAAAACAGGGAGGUUGGGAGGUGGGAAACCCCAUCGUCCUGUCUAAAAAUGGGGGCAAUUCACUGGGAAGGGGAGUAGGACAGUUUCAGGGUGCUAGGGUGUUGAAGGGGUUAGAGGGGGAUAAUCCCCAAGAGGUUUGGCGGGUCUGGCUAUGGGGAGGGGGACCUGCGUGGUCGUGUCAUCCCCCGUCGGGCCACCAAGGGUCAAUCUGGGGGGCUGGGGGGAGACCGGGGGGCUGAGGUGGAGGGGUUAAAGGCUUCAUUUAUGUGUAGGGGUGGAGUUUGAUGCUUCAUUGACCCUCGGAGGCGGGGUUUAGGGCUUCGUUAACAUAAAAGGGAAGAGAUUAAUAGUUAUUUUACAUAAAAGGGGGUUGUGUUGCUCAAAAUUUGCAUGUGGUGGGCGCGGUCAAGCGGCGCUGCUUAUAUAAUGACGGGGCGCGUACGUCCCAUUUUCCUCGAUCCUCUCCGAUCCCCAGCGAAAUACGAAAGUUGGGGGUCCAGGGGGUGAGAGUCAAAGCUCUCAGAGCUCCCCUCUUUGGCGGUCUGGUGCUCGAAGGUCCCAGCAAAACCCCCGCUGCCGCGACAGCCCCUGAGGCUCCUAGGCAUCCUCCCGUCCUGCAUCUCCAGACCUGCUCUGAGCCCACCAUGAAAGCCAUCAGCCCGGUGCGAUCCGUCCGGAGCUGCUACGAGGCUGUUUGCUGCCUCUCGGAGCAGAGUUUAGCCAUCGCCCGGGGCAGCCACAACAAGAGCCCGGCCUUGGAAGAGCCCAUGAACUUGCUCUACGAUAUGAACGACUGCUAUUCCAAAUUGCGGGAGCUGGUGCCGGGCAUCCCUGAAGGCACCAAGGUGAGCCAGGUGGAGAUCCUGCAGCACGUCAUAGACUACAUCUUCGACCUCCAAAUUGUGCUGGAGGAGGGGUCCAAGGGCCGCGACCCCUCUUCCGAGGCCACCCUAUUUUCCCUUAAGGCGGCUGAACUCGCCUCAGAACUCCGCACCAAAGACGAGAGAAGUUUGUGUCACUAACGCCACCUCCACCAGCAAACAGGCAGCGAGUGUCGGUUCCUGGUUCGUUAUCAGCCGGAGGUAAAUAGCAGCUUCCUCCGUGGCGCCGGGCUGUCUGCGACCUACCGGCCCCGGCAUCGCGAGUGGGGAGCGGCUGGUUCCGACCCCCCCAGCCUUCCACCGCCAGCAUCCCACCCACGGAGUUCAGCAUCCCAGUUUGGGACCCGAAUUCGCAUGAGAUAUUUUUAAUGAUGGACUGAUGAUGAAGCGGAGGUUGUCUGUAUAUUUUUGGAUUAUAGCAGCGAGUCCUUUUUUUUAAAGGUGUUUAAUGGGAUGGCGGGGUGGGGAUUAGGGGGCUUUGGGGAGGGGGGAACAAACAUCCUUGAGUAUGAACUAAACUGUCUGGGGCUGUGGCCUCGUGUAUUGUGGAGCUCUAUACUAGAGUAUAACUUUUUGUACCUUUUGUGCAGGAAGGUGAUUUUCUGCGAAUAUGCCUUGUACUUGCUUUAUAAACUUUUUAUAAAAGUUACCAUUUUUGCAUAAUAAAAGCCAGAUAAUUUUGA